AUGCCUUUCCCCUUUGUUCUUCCGACAACUUCGGCUUUCUCGUUCUCAUCUAGUUUCAGCAGCGAUACCCACCCCUCAUUGCCCCUCAGUUCCAGCACUUAUCGCGGAGUUGUGAGAGAUGCCCUCAAGAAGCACAAGCGAUUGCCACCAACAUCGCAAUCGUCCCACGUUUCCACUGUCGUCGGAGCUCUGAACGGCUACAUUCCUUACAUCCUCGCCAUUGACGCUGGCCUCAACCCUGCAGCACAGUCCGGUGACUACAUCAACCUCAACACCAAGACGCCACCCUCCAUCGAAUGGCGGCCUACGCUCUCAGACAACGCAGUGCCGGGAAGAGAGCGGUCCCGAGUGAAAGUCCAGUCCAUUGACCAUGAAAUCGCCUUUUCACUUUCCACUCUGGCCAACUCAUACGCAUUGAUCGCCCGGGCUGCUCUACAUCCGUUGUAUGUCACCACACAAGCUACUUUGGACAACCAGCAACGCACAGCGGCCAUCCAAACCGCUACCAAAUACCUCCUAGAUGCCGCAUCCAUCUACGAUUACAUUGCUUCCCGAGCAGAGAGAGUUCAAGUGGAGCCCCCUUGCAGCGAUGUCUCGCCCUCGACCCUCCGAGCUAUGUCAUCCUUGGGCCUCGCUGAGGCAACUCUCCUCGCAGUGUUGAAGGACGACCCCUACCCAGCAAUCAUUGCCCAAGACCGCAACAAGAAUGACCGCGAAUGGAUGUACAAAGCACCUGAGAUCCCCAAGGUUCGCGCUCACCUGUUCGCGCGCCUCUGCCUCGCCGCCGCCGAGCACGCCAGCCAGGCCUCUUCUCUCUGCCAAUCCGCAGGGCGGGGUUCCAGCAAAGUCAAUGAGGGAUUGCUUCGCUAUCUCGAAGAUCUCCGGAGGACGUGCCGCGCAAAGGCCUGCCGCUUCUUCGGCAUUGAUGCUGAGAUUGGUGGCCAGGUCGGCACGGCGAUUGCUUGGCUUCAGGCAGGGCUCCAGGAGUUGGGUGUCGAGUCCAAGUACUCAAGCAAAAGCUCCGGAUUCGGCCGCUUCAAGAAGGAAUGGAGCGAGAAGCGCGAGGAACGCAAGGUCGAGAAGGAGACGACAUGGGGCGCGGAUGGCGGGAAGGGCGAGGAGACGCGCGUGAUCGAGUUCCUGGAAGGGAAAUGGCAUAAACUCAACGACACGAUGAACGUUCAGAUUAUACCUCCGAUUGGCCCUUUGUUGGCACAGAUGCCAUCCGGCCGAGAGAUGCACACUCUCAAGCCGUAUCAGCCGCCGACACUGGACCGCAGCGUCCUGGAGGCGAUGCGUGCGCCGCCCGAGAGAAGUGAUGACUAUGGCGAUGCCCUAAGCUCAGACGAUGAGGCAAAAGGUCACGCUGGGCCGCCGGGUGGCUAUCCUGAAUCGAGACCAGAGUACAGAAGUGGAAGCACCUCAUAUUACUAG